AUGAAGUUUUCCGCGUCCAUUCUUGCCAUCGUUUCUCUUGCUGCCUCUUCUGUGGCUGACAAAAUUACCACCCAGCUCACACUAUGCAAGCAGCCUAACCUCCAGGACUGCGAUGAUCAAUUUGUGCCUAUUGACAGUUGCUACAAGGUUCCGGAAUGUGAGGUCCAGUCUUUGAACACGGGAGGUCAUGUUUGCGACUUUUACUCGCACGAUGGAUGCUCCGGAAACAAGUACCAGUACGCUGGCAUUCAGCAGAACUUGCCCCCGGGAACCACCAUCCGAUCAGUGUUUUGCUGGUAA